AUGGCCAAGGAAAAGAAAAACAGCCGUCAAGAAUCUCCUGAAGAUGCUGCUGAGAGGCUCGAGAGGGAAGAGUUGGCAAGAAUACAUGCCGAAGCUAGGCGGGAGAUCGUACAAAGACGUAUCUUGGCAGCCGAUGAAAUGGCAGCAAAUCGUAAAAAAUUGCACUUCCUUUCAUCAAAAGCAGUUCCUACAGGCCCUGUCGAACAAUUGACAGACACUUAUUCUUUGCACUCCUUAAUCUCCGCCUCUCGAUCUUUCCAUGAAUGUUACCUCGACGAUCAAUACCAAUGUGAAGUAUUCUGCAAAAUGCUAGUCGAUGAAAUGACCAUUCCUAUCUUCCUUCGAGCGGUUGCCAUAUCCAGCGAUUCAGUCCGCAGAAUACGAUGGACAGGCCAAUGGACUGGGGCAUUCCAGAACGUGCGCGAGUUUAUGGACCAGUAUUCCACAGAUUCGAGAGCCACAACCUACGAUGGAAGGAGUUAUAAUAUGAGAACCCUGCUCUCAAUCGCAGAGUUCCAUUUGAUAAUAAAAGCUGUUACUCAAGAUUUUUUCGAAUCGUGUUUAAAUUUGCAUCCGUGGACGCACGAGAAGUAUGAGAAGAACGAAUUGGGGAGACUCGAGGAGCUUCGAAUACAACGGGCUUUCUAUAAUCUUGAGAUAUACGUCCGUCUUUUUGAACGCGGCGAUGAUUAUCAUAUUCAGCGAACUUUGUUAAACGAGCAGUCACACGGAAUAAUCCUGGGGGGUCAAAAUGUCGGGCGAGAAAUUUAUGCGUCGUUCUUUAAUCAUUUCAGCUUUUGGGAAGUUGAAGAGAUGGUCUCGUUGGGCAGUUGCGCUUAUUCCAGGAAUCAUUAUAACGAUUUUAAUCGAACUUUUAUCAAUAAGGGUGUUGAGUUCUUUUGGAAGGUUUGUAACCAAAAUGGACCCAAGACAAAAAUUCCUCUUAUAGACAUUCCAAUACAACAAGACACCAUACUGUUGUCUACUCAAUUCACAAAGAUAAUGACGAUUCACUUCUAUCUGAUAGACCAGGCCUUGAAUAAUCAGCAAAGCCAAGAUAUAACAUCAGAAUUUCGUCGAUUUUAUGAAUGUUAUAAUCGCUUUCUCGCAAGCCGCGCGAGGCCUAGGCUACUCGAUCUUCCAGGCUCCCGUUUCGCAUAUGAUUUUAUCUUGAUAUUUAUGAGAUCCGAAACGUAUUGCUUUCGGGACUGUUGGUCAUCUUGGGGUUAUUGUAUGUGGGACACGGAACGAAUAAACGAAUAA